UAUAAUUUAGAGUUGGCAUGUUUAAUGGAUCAAGUUUUCGUUCGAGAUGCAUGUGUAAUUCUUUAGCUGAACCAACUGAUAUCCGUAAUCCCUGACAAAGAAUUUGGGUAGAGAAGAAUGAAUUGAAGCAUUAUGCACUUCCUUGGCAAACAUGUACAGUUGGGGCUCACUGCUGCUGACAUCUUCACCACUCAAACUAACUGAGAGUCCCCACAUCCUGGCUGCAGAUUAAAGUUUUCUAGGUAUUAAUUUUUUUAACAUAAUUAUGCCCACCAAUAACGUAAAGAUCGUAGAUUUUCCUUGGUACAAGUGGAGCAAGCUAGCUGCCUGACAACCACUCCUCUGUGACGUUAUACAAACACCUCAACUGGUUCUUAUAGCUAACCCAUUAACUAGAUCUCUUCUUCUCUUUUGCAUCUGCGCACAUAUAUAAACCACCCUCCUCCAGAGAAUUUCGUGCCAAGCCCUCAGUUUUAUUGAAGAAAUAUAAUUAAAAUCUGCUCCCCUUCGACCCUAGCUGCUUAACUUCCAAUGGACUCAGAGAAGAGUGGUGAAGCAACAAUCGCCAUCCAAGAGCCAAAGACCGACCCUAAAGGAAAGGGCAUUGCUGGAGCUCCGGCUCCUUCUGUAGCCACUACCAAAACUAUCCGUCAGCAGCCCCGAGGAGGAUGGAAAAAGGGUAUUGCCAUUUUUGACUUCGUUCUAAGGCUGUGUGCCAUUGCAACAGGUUUAGCUGCUGCUAGUCUUAUGGGCACCACUGAACAGACUCUUCCCUUCUUCACUCAGUUCUUCCAGUUCCAUGCUGAGUAUAAUGAUCUUCCAACUUUCAUGUUUUUCGUGUUUGCAAACGGCAUAGCUAGCGGAUACCUCAUACUCUCCUUGCCUUUCUCUAUAGUAUGCAUCGUCCGGCCUCAUGCAGUGGGACCGAGGCUUUUCCUUGUCAUCUUCGACACAGUGGUUAUGGCUCUGACGAUAGCAGCUGCUUCUGCUGCUGCUGCUAUCGUUUACUUGGCUCAUAAUGGAAAUUCAGACGCAAAUUGGAAUGCAAUAUGUCAACAGUUCACUGAUUUCUGCCAGCAGAGCAGCACUGCUGUGGUGGCUUCCUUCAUAACCUCAGCCAUGUUCGUGCUUCUGAUUGUGUUGUCUGCAUUUGCUCUUAGAACUUAAUUAAUGAAAAAUCUACCUAGAUGUGUUCAUCAUAAAUUCAAGAUACAAAUAUGGGACACGUGGGUUUCACCAUGGCCAUAGGCUUUCCACAGCCAUAGGCUUCUGCAUGCCUUAAAGUGUGAUCCUUGUUUGCUGUAGUUUGUAAAUUUGGUGCGGUGUGCAUAUAUAAAUCUUAUUUCUUGCUA